AUUCACGUUUUCCCCUGACCGAGGCCUCUUCUUUCUCCCUCCUGUUCACUCCGAUCCUCUCAUCCGUCGAAUUUCCCGGCACCGGAAAACAGAAUUAUCUCGACGGCCGUUCAAAAUCCUGCGAACUCCUUCGUCACUAAAGGCUUUCUCUAUACUCAUCUGUUAAACUUUUCAUUCUGAUUUUUGAGUUUCUGCAUGUAAGAAUUCUGUACUGUCAUUGAUACUGAAACUAUGAACUUAAAUUAAUUUUCUUCUCUAUUUUUGAUUGGUGAAAUUGAAGCUUUUGCACAACGAUAGUUGAAUCUCUCAUUUUCAACUAAAAGGCUCUCUCCCUCUCCCUCUCCCUCCCUCUGAAGCGCCUUUGCUUAUCGUUGAAGCUGUCAUUUUCAACUAAAAAGUUUUAAUUCUCUCUCUCGACUCUGAAACAAUAAACCAAAUUCGCUUCUCUACUUAAUUAAGUUUGAUUGGUGCAGAGUUGAGUUUUUGUCGAUUGAUCCUUGAAGCUCUCAUUUUCACCUAGAGCUCUCUAUCUUUCUCUCUCUCUCUCUCUCUCUCUCCCUCUCUUGUUGUCCAAUCUGCUUAAUUAUCCACGAAAGUCGUUCACGUGCUUGCUCUUUCGUAUUGUUCAACAUCGUUACAAUUAGCCAAUUAGGUGUUUUCGCAGCUCGAAAGUGUUAAAUUCGAUUUUAUCUGAAGCGUAAUUCGUACAAGACCCCGGUACUUUGGCGUUCAUCAGAGCUGAAAGAUCAAAAAAUUCGCGAUGUCCAAAUGAUUGCUUUUUCAGAAGAAUUUCUCGCUGGUCAGAACUAGAAGGUCAAAAAAAAAAAAUUCGCAACACUUUCACUGGAAUCAAUGGCAGAUUCCGACAACGAGUCCGGCGGCGGAGCUCACAACAGCAACAACACUAACAACAACGAGCUUUCUCCGCGGGAGCAGGACCGCUUCCUGCCUAUCGCGAACGUGAGCCGGAUCAUGAAGAAGGCGCUCCCCGCGAACGCGAAGAUCUCAAAAGACGCCAAAGAGACCGUGCAGGAGUGCGUGUCGGAGUUCAUCAGCUUCGUCACCGGCGAGGCCUCCGACAAGUGCCAGAGAGAGAAACGAAAGACGAUCAACGGCGACGACCUGCUCUGGGCCAUGACCACGCUAGGGUUCGAGGACUACGUCGAGCCCUUGAAGAUAUACCUCCAGAGGUUCCGCGAGACGGAAGGCGAGAAAGGCGCCGUCGGUCGCACCGCCGAGAAGGACGGCGGCGCCGCAUCGUCCGGCGGCAGCGGUGGUGUUGUAAAUUCGGAGAUGUACGGCGGGAUGACGUCGAGCGUGAUGAUGAUGGGUCAUCACUACCACCAUCAACAGCAGCAGCAGCAGCAGCAGCAUCAGCAUCAGCAUCAGCAUCAGCAUCAAGGACACGCGUACGGCUCCGGGGCGUUUCAUCAGAUGGCUGUGGGAGGCGGGACGAGUGGACCCGGGAAGGGUGUUUCUGCUCAUCCCGGUUCUGGAGGACCCGUCACAGGGAGGCAAAGGUAGCUGUUGUUUACGUGAUUAUCAUGGUGAUGGCGCGAUCAACGGUUGGUGAUCAAUCAAGAUGUUUUUUUUAUUAAAAAAAUAAUUAUUAAUACUAUUUUUUAAUGUAGGAGUGCUUCAUUUAUCAAAACUAUGUGUGCCCAGUUUUUUUUUUUUCGAAAAAGAAAAAGAGAGUAGGGACUAGGGAGAGUGUAGUAAUUAUAUGAUUAGGGGUAGGUGGGUGUAAUUUUUAAUUUAAUACCAAAAGCAGACAGUGGGAUAGGUCUUUUUUUAUUUUUAUUUUUAGGAAUGUUGUUUUUUUAAUUUGUAAUAUUUAAUAGGUACAAUAUAAAUAUAUGCAAAAAUUGAGAGUUUGUGUGUAACGACAUUAAUUAUUAAUAUAUAAGUUUUGUCUUUAGUGUGAAUUGAAAAA